AUGGAUAAUUUAAGUUUAAUAGAGAAAGAAAGAUUUGUAGAUUUUGUUAUGUGGAAGGAUCGAAUGAAAUUGAUUGGCUUAGACCUUGUAAAUGUUCUGGUUCAAUGUUAUGGGUUCAUAAGCAAUGUUUUAAUUUUUGGUUGGGAAAAGCGUCUGGAAGAAGCAAAAUACAAUGUCAAAUAUGCAAAUUCAGAUAUAAGAAAUUAUUGCUUUUGA